AAUUAAAAAAUUCGGUUUUGUCUAUGUUUGAAUAAUCAUGAAAUAAAUAAUAACAAUAAUAAAUAACUGCCUUCUAUCAAAAUAUUUAACAAUAAUGGGAGAUAGUCAAGAAUCAGAUGAAAAACGAUGGAGUCAUCUAAGAAAAAUAUUAGAAAGACCAGGGCCUUUCAGUCAUCCAGAUUUUGAACCUAGUCCAGAAUUAUUAGAUUUCAUUAGGAAUUCUUGUAAGAUUUUGGUAGUUGGAGCUGGGGGCCUUGGUUGUGAACUCUUGAAAGAUCUUGCUAUGAUGGGUUUCAAAAACAUUCAUAUAAUAGAUAUGGAUACGAUAGAUGUAUCUAAUUUGAAUAGGCAGUUUUUAUUUGGACGCAAAGAUAUAGGCCAAUCCAAAGCUGAAGUAGCAGCUUCAUUUGUUAAUGAUAGAAUAAAAGGAUGUCAAAUAAUUCCCCAUUUCUGCAAAAUUCAAGAUUAUGACGAAGAGUUUUAUCGGCAAUUUCAUAUUAUUGCAUGUGGAUUAGAUUCAAUUGUCGCCAGAAGAUGGAUAAAUGGAAUGUUGGUAUCAAUGUUGAAUUAUGAAGAUGGGGUAUUGGAUCAGAGCAGUGUAAUUCCACUGGUCGAUGGAGGAACUGAAGGCUUUAAAGGAAAUGCACGUGUGAUAUUUCCCGGUAUAAGUGCUUGUGUCGAGUGUACUCUAGAUUUGUAUCCUCCUCAAGUCACAUAUCCUUUGUGUACCAUUGCAAAUACUCCUCGUUUGCCUGAACAUUGUAUAGAAUAUGCCAAAGUGAUGCAAUGGCCCAAAGAAAACCCAUUUAACGUGCCUAUAGAUGGUGAUGAUCCUCAGCAUCUUGCAUGGAUCUAUGAAAAGUCUAUGGAAAGAUCUCAGCAGUUCAAUAUUCCAGGUGUUACUUACAGACUUGUACAAGGUGUUGUCAAAAAUAUUAUACCAGCUGUUGCAUCGACAAAUGCUGUUAUAGCUGCAAUGUGUGCUACUGAGGUUUUCAAAAUAGCAACAAGUUGUUGUUUGACCUUGAAGAACUAUCUAGUUUUCAAUGAUGUGGAUGGCAUAUAUACAUAUACUUACGAAGCAGAAAAAAAAGACAACUGUCUGGUUUGUUCCCAAGUACCCCAAGUUAUCAGCAUUAACGAUCCAAGCAAAAUGAAGUUGAAAGAUAUCAUUACACUUUUAACGGAAAGUGCACAAUACCAAAUGAAGAGUCCCGGUUUGACCACAGUUAUCGAUGGAAAAAAUAAAACCUUGUACAUUUCCACCAUAAAAAGCAUCGAAGAAAGGACAAGAGACAACUUGAAUAAAAGCUUGGAGGAGUUAGGGUUGGUAGAUGGAAGUGACAUAUUAGUGGCUGAUAUUACUGCUCCAACUAGUCUUGUCAUCAAACUGAAAUAUUUAUCGACAGAUAUUGAGAUGGCUCAAUAAUACAACUUAUUUUCAAUAUGCUAACGAUAUCUGUUUAUCAGUUUUUUGUAAUGAUGCCGUUGUUAAGAGAGAACGUUUGUAUAUUAAAAAUAAAAUAUCAGUGAAAUCAUA